GCGAGCAGCACCCAGCCGGGGCCGCGCACCAGGGCCGCGGGGCUCCGUGCCGGGACACAGCGCACAGCAGCAGGGCACGGCCGGGCUGCACGGGGUCAGCAGGGAAAGAAGGCGGAGGCUCUCGUACCAGGGCAGUCUUGAAACUACAGAAAUUGCCUAUUUCACGCUUCCGAUCCACACCCUGCCACCGGCAGCAUCCCAGCGCCAGCCCAGGCGCGUCCAUCUCCCUCCGGCGGCUGGCGCCGGGCAGGAGCUACGGCCCCCUCGGGUCGUGUGGCUCGGAGGGUUGUUUUGUUUUUUUCAAAAAAUCAAACAUGAAAAUGUCUUAGCACAGAUUUUUGUAAUUACACAAGCAUGUUCCUUUUCUCUUUGCACAGUUCAGUGAAUUUUUAGUGUUUAUUUUUAUUACUUUCUUUCAAGUUCCUACGGCUCAGGACUUCACGGAGAAGCAUGAAAUCCCGAAUUAAUUGCCUCACGAGGUUUCACAGAUGAAAGGCUUUUCAAAACCGCUGGAUCACGGGGUUUGCCUUUUCCAAUUUGACAGCAAGGGGACCAGGGCACACACGGAUGACCUUGUGUCCGCCCGCGACUGCUCAAGCCGACCUGGGGAACCGCGUCCCCGCCGGCCCGGCCCAGGCCCCGCAGGUGGCGCCGGGAGGCGCACACGGGGGCCACAGCGGCCGCCCCCGCCGCCUUACCGGCCGUCCCGGCGCUGCAACGGGCGGCACUGCCCGCUACGCCGCGCUCAGCGCUGGCUGCUUCAGGCCCCCUCGGCUCGCCUGCCUGCACCCUCGGCGGCUGUACCGGGCUUACACGUCGGGUGCCCCUCCGCCCGCGCCUUCCCAGAGGCGGUGUCCGCUCGUCCUCACACGCCGGUCUCUGACCUCAGCGCGACCGCUGGCCGCGGUGACACAGCUGCCGCCCCGAGCAGGGGGGCACCCAGCCCCCGGCCGCGCAGGCCGCGGGGCCGGGCCGGGACGCCCGGCAGGACGAGCUCGCCCCCCUCGGCGGGGGACCGAAGCCCCGGCACGCCCGUCCCGUCGGGCGCCCGCUGCGCCUCCGAGGACGCGGCUCGGCGGUGCCUCGGCUGCCCCCCGCCCCGCGGCACGGCACACGCCGUUCCCAGCGCCCGGGCCGGCCGCAGCGGCGAUCCCCGCGGGCGGCUCCCCGAGGGCAGCAGCCCCGGCCCGGCCAGCAGCAGCCCCGGCGGCGGCGCGGGGAGCUGGCGGCACGUGAGCGCCCCACGCCGCCUCUGUGGGCGCUGGGAGCCGCCCCCGGCCCCGGGCGGCCUCCGCUGCCAGGCCGCGGCCCCGCCACCCCCGGAGGGGCAGGCCCGUCCCGGCCCGGCUCCGCUUCCCACUUCCUCCCGGCCCGGCAGGGCGGCCCUCCCGCCGACGUUUCCACUCCUGCGCACUGGCCGCGCCCCCCGGGCCGGGCCGGGCCGGGCCGGGGCCGGGGGCGGGCCGCGGGCGGGGGCGGGGGACCGGCGGGCGGCCAAUUGCGGUCCCCCGGGGAGCGGCUCUGGCGGGGCCGCCGCCCGCGCUCGCAGGGAAGGAUGGAGGCCGAGGGCCGGGUACCGGGGCCGCCGCUCCCCCCGCCUUCCCCCGGCAGCGGGGGAGGGGCUGGGGCCCGGGCCGAUGCCCCCGCGGGUGCCCCCGGCGCGGCCCGGGGGCCGCCGCUCGCCGCCGCCGAGGUGCUGUCGUUGGACGACGAGGAGGACGACCUGGAGGUGUUCAGCAAGUGAUGACAUCAGACUUAUAUCACAUAAACUUCAAGAACCACUGGAAGUAAACCUGAAAGAUCAUGAGGAUGAAGAAGGAGAAACAGAUGCUUGUUUGAAACUCGCAUGCAUUCAUUCAUGUGCAGAUGAACGCUGGAGCUGUAUUACAGCGGAACUGAACACCUGCUUAUUCUAUGGACUGUUAUUGCUCGUGUUGUGUUUCACAAACUACAUAUUCAUAAGCCCUUCCAUAAAAAUAUACUUUAAGAAACCAGCCUGUAUAGAACAAUUUUUAGUAGCAACCUAGAAGGAGGAAUGAAACAUAAGAUAUUAAUGAUCCACAGAAAAUGAGAAAGUAUGUAACACAUUUGCCUUGAUCCAAUUUAGGCCUUGCAAAGUCAUUAUUUCUCAAGUUACACAGCCACUGAAGUCCCUUACAUGCUCAAAAGCAUUUUUCUUUCCCUGGAAAUUUCCCGUUGUCUCAGCGCUUUGAAUCCCAUGGGCUGCUCUGAACUAGCAGUCCUCCACCUUCACCUAGAGCACGGCCAGCUAGUGCUAGUGGGCAGUGAAAAGUUUCUCUUUUUAUCCUCCAUCGCUCAAGACAGUGCUGCCUGAUUGCCACUAUAGGAAUCAUGUGUGGGGACACACUGAGUGAAAGUAAAAUGACUGACAGGUGUACAAGCAGUUAUACAACAUUUGAAGUCUUGCCUUUAGUCUUCCAUCUUGCUUUCAUCUCCCAGUUCAAAGAACUGCAUGUAAGUGAUGGGAGGAGAACUGGUACAUCAGUGCUUUCUGGGCAUAGUUAUCAAUAUAAAUUUCUACCCCAUAUUUGUGGGAGUACAUGGAUAAAUCCAAAGGAGAGGGAUGGCGGUAGGCAAUGAGGUUUAAAGCAGGAAAAGGACAAGAGAGAACGUGUUUCAGAGAAAGUUCUGAUCCAGUUGAAUCCAAAGAAAAAAAACAACCCUCACCAAGCCCAGCAGCACUGCUGUGGUGUGCUCUUCACUGCCAUGAGGUUGGCCUUGGGAUGAUGCCAUCGCUCUAGUUUGUGUGGAUGCUUCCACUUCUGGCAUGUGAGCAGUUUUCUCCUUAACAACAUCCCUUUUCUCCUUGCUCCGAUAGUUAGCAAGGCACUGGAAAGGAGAACUCUUUGCCACUCGGUCGUUAGUGUAGUCUAACUACAUUUUUAGAAAACUUCCAGAAAAUAGAUUAAUUUUAAGAUUUUUCAUGAAAGUACUUCAUUGCAUUGGAUAUAUUUAAAAAAUGUAUAGAUUCUAUGAUAUUUAAAAUAUAGUAAUUUAUUUAAAUUGUCCUCAUUUAUUACUUUUAAUGAUUUACUCAUUUAUUAUGCUCUUUUAUGGAUUUUGUGAAUUUAUUUUCCUAGUCACUAUGUCCUUCAAGAUUUCAGAUUAGUAGAUCUCAUCCAGACUUGCAUCUGAGGAAGAAAAGGAGAAUUCUUGCCUGUUUCCAAUUUCCACUCCCUUUCUCAGCAUUGGGGUGAUCACCACUGAACGCUCUGAGCACAAGCAGCAGCUAUAGGGACAUAUUCUUAGAGAGCUGUGGUGGAAGUGGUUGAUGCUAUCAAAAAGUGGGUUUCCACUUCAGCAGAACAGCGGUUUGACUUUUUUUUUUAUAAAUUAAGCAGCAAACUUAUUCUGCAUCCUUACUGUUUU